GAUGUUGAUUGAAUAACCUGUAUUUGGCAAUCUAUCCAAAGUGAUUCGAUUCCAUGCAGAAAGUUCAUUCGUUUACACCAAUAGCAAAAUCAGAUUCAUUGACUUGAACUGUCUCUAACACCAACAUAUUUUCACGUUUAUUUAUUUACUAUCGGAACGGAACUGUUUGCAUUGAAGUUUCAUGCAAAUAACGGCAAGUAAAGUGUAGUUCGAUUUGAACCGGCAUUAGUGACGGUGAUUUUUCUCUCCGUGCCGUCUGAAUUCAAUUUUGUUUUCUCCCAAGUGUUAUUGAUAUUUUUUUUCCUUUAAUCUUUUGUUACACAGUUAUUGAGAUCUGCUCCUCUUACAUAUAAUCUUUACAGCAGUUUGAAGGUUAUUUAAAAGGGCUGUUAAAAUGGGAGACAGUUUGAGAGUUCAAGACAUUAUUAAAAAAUUAAAGCUUUUGGACUGUCCUUUAUUUACCAAUGGUGAUGAUGCAUGGAUCAGAGAAAUAUUAUUCAAGCAGAAUUGUGAUAGAUAUGACUUAAUAGAAUGGAUCUUUAAAAAGAUGGAAUUUUAUAUUCCUAAAGGAGAUGAGUGCCAGAAUUCUCUAGAAAUGAAACUAAAAAAUCUGUUAACAGCUGUAUCUGGCUUGGGCUUAUGUACUGAUGAUAACUCUGAUCUCAUUGAGGGCAUUGCACCAUUUAAAGAACAAUUAAAUUUUUGGUCACUGUUAGUGGAUAUCUUAUGGAGAAAAUGCUAUUCUUCUCAUCAUAGAGUUGAAAGUAUUGAAGAACAAUAUGAAAAACAUAGUAAAUAUAUUAAUGACCUGUGUAAUUCUGUAAAUUUUAAACACUUAUUCAAAGAAAAGGUUCAGCUUUUCCCGGCUCAUAUUAAAAAAGAAAAUGAAGCAAUUUGUGCACAAGCAUCUUCAAAAACAAAGGGCCUGAAAGAAAUUAAAGAAAUAGCUCUGAAAUCAAAUGACAAUGUAAAUCCAAACUGGACUGUUAAAAAUGAUAUUCUUGAAGCAAAUGUUGGAUUUUCCCAAUGUUGUGAUUCACUUUUACCUCAUAAUGAGCUUUGUGAUGUUGAAGAUAAUCUUUGCAAUUCACUGAUUAAUCUUUCCAAUCAUGUAUCUGGAGACUUCAAAAACACAUAUAAUAAAUUAAAAUUAUAUUUGAAUAAUCCUCAAGAUGAAACAAUAGAUGUUGGACCUGCAUUUGAAGCUACACAAAUGAAAUCGGAUACAUUUUUAAAGUUGAAAGAUUCACUGCAGAAAUUGAAGUCAUCUAAAAUUGAGAUGAAAGGUUUGAAUUCAAAAUUAGAAAGUUUACAAAUGCCUAGUGAGCCUUUACCAGAUGUCCUUCUUGGAGAAUAUAUUGCUACUUUAAAUGAAGAAAAGGAACUACAAAAAGCAUAAACAAAUGGAUUUUGUUUUGAUUUAUUUAUUCCUUAAUAUUCCUGUACUUUUUUCUAUUUUUAUAAGUCGAAAUAAAUAUUUGUACAUUUAACACAAA